CGCAUCCGCGCCUUCGCCUUCACCUCCUCCACCACCGUCUUACCCGCCAUGGCGUCCAAGCAACCCGUCGAGGAGAUGCUCCAGUACAACAUGAUCCACGCCCACAACACGUUCAAGUUUGGGUACGACAUCAUCGUCUCCCACCUCGACAACCCGCCGCUCGACGACCUCAAGAACUUUAUCGGCUACUGCCAGGCCUGGGUCGACUCUAUCGAGGGCCACCACGAUGCGGAGGAGGAGGUUGUGUUCCCGUUCCUGAACCGCAAACUCGACUUUUCGCAAGAGCAGGAGCAGCACAAGCUUAUCCACUCCUCGCUCCAGACCCUGACCGAGAAGCUGACCGCGGCCAAAGCGGACCCGUCCAAGUUUGACGCCGCGGAGCUGAAGGCGAUCGUCACCGGCUUCAAGGAUCCGCUCUACCAGCACCUGGACGAGGAGGUGGCGCAUCUCGCUCCCGAGAACAUGAAGGACUUUGACCAGAAGGAGCUUCUCGACCUGAACCUCGCGCUCGAUAAGCACGCCAAAUCGCACGGCGACCCCUUCCUGCUCGUGCCUUUCAUGCGCAGCCACACUCCUCCGGAAUUGAAGGACUCCUGGCCGCCCAUGCCCUGGAUGCUCCGCAAGGUGGUCAUCCCCUACAUGCUCGCCAAGCGCUACUCCGGCUACUGGAAGUACGCGCCAUACGCCAUGUCCUAAAAUGCCUCAUAGACACGCACACAUCGUUACUCCUCGCAUCGCUCUGUCUUCCCUAGGUUUAUUAAUAGCUGUACAUACCCCGCAAUCUUGACCUCUGUUAUUGCUGCCGCGCCGUUGUUCCGCCGGC